AUGACUCAACUCGACAUCCCCUCGACCGCAUCUUUGAGAAUGGAAGUUCUCAACAAGCACCAGAGAAUGCCUCUGCGCAUCCUCACCUUCAACGUUCGCUACGCAACGAACAAUCGUGAACAUAAUGAGAAACCAUGGGAUGUGCGCCGGCCUAAGCUCAUCAAUCAAUUGAACUUUGUUACCGCCGGCCAUGAAAGCCCCUUCAUUUGCCUCCAGGAAUGUCUCAACCACCAGGUCAACGAGAUCCAGGAGGAUCUGGGCUCUGAUUGGAAGCAUGUUGGCCGUGGACGCGGAGAGAAACCUGAGGACGGAGAGUUUUCUCCUAUUUUCUAUCGCAAUGAUGUAUGGAAGAACGUACGCAAGGAGGUCCGAUGGCUGAGCAAGACACCCGAGAAGCCCUCUCGCGGUUGGGAUGCAGUCCUGAACCGAAUCGUCACAAUGGGAGAAUUCGAACACCGAGUCACAGGUACCCGUGUCGUAGUAUUCAGCACGCAUUUCGACCACAUCGGUGUCAAGGCCCGUCAGCACAGUGCCGAGCUCCUCAUCAAGUUCGCCAAAGAAUGGGGUCAAGCAGGCGACAAGAAGGCGUCAGCCGUCCUCAUCGGCGGCGACUUCAACAGUGAGCCCGAGGAUGGCGCGUACAAGACAAUCACGGCGUCUGGGUCAGGCAUCUCUGACGUAUCGGACCUGGUGCCCAAGCAUAAACACUACGGCAACGAAACGACGUACACGAGCUUCGGGGAGGGGUGGGAACCCUCGCGUAUCGACUUCCUGUUCAUCCAGGAGCCGAGAACAGCUCAUGUCAAGACUUUUGGGGUUCUGGCCAAUGGGUUUGAUGAUGGCGUUCGUGUUUCUGACCAUCGACCUGUCGUGUCAGACUUGGACAUUGUGGUUUGA